CCCGAAUAGGCUUUUGGAUUUCGGAAGGGACUCGAGCGUUGGCAUCACACUAUUCUCAUGACCUUGGCUGUUAGUGUUAGCCUUUGUCGUGUAAUUGCACGGUGCGUUAGCCCCGUCUCCAGUGCAGCUCGCAUGGCCGGCCUUCUCUCGGCUUCAUCUGAUACGCGGGACGUUAUCCGCUCUCGGGGACCGGAUUGCUGCCACUCACAGACCGGGGAGCCCUGCUGAGCUAUAUAAACUGCCGGCGUGCGCAGCGAGGCACAGUUGCCUUCGUGACCAAGGAUCAGCACCUCAACCUCAACAUGAAGCUGUUCCGUCUUCUGAAAGUACGAAAUCUUUCAAAAGUAUGAUUUUUUUAGCCGCAAGAGACAAUUCCUCACAUUAUUUAACGGCAAUCUUUGUGUGCUUGGUGGCGGCGGUGGCCGCUGCACCGCAGGACUAUUAUCAACAGCAGCCAGAGAUCAGACUGCUGUCGUACCGGUUCAACUCGGAUGACAAGGGCAACUACGAGUACGGAUACGAACAGGACAACGGACAAAGGGUGGAGGAGGUCGGCAAGAGCAUCCCCGGCUACGAGCCCGAGACGGGCUCCAUCUCCAAGGUGGGCUCGUUCGAGUUCGUCUCGCCGGAGGGCCAGCAGUUCCGCGUGGACUACACGAGCGGCGAGGAGGGCUUCCUGCCGAGCGGCGCCCACCUGCCGGUGGCGCCUGCGCAGCUGCCCGAGUACCAGGCUCACCAGCAGCAGUUCCCGGAGCUGUACUGAGACGCCCGUUACACUGCCGGACCGCUCUGAACGUCUGACCCCAUCAACUGCCCCUGUGAUAACGGGCGCCGAUCUCAUGGUGCGCCGCUGUCUAGCUCAAUAAUACAUACAUCUGAUCAUUA